CGGCGUCGGCGUCGGCGUCAUGCCGGGGGCGUCGCACCAUCGUCGUCGGCAGCGAGCGUCUCGACCGAGCGUCGCUUCGUCUCGCCAGGCUAGUAUCAAGCCGGGAGCCGUCGAGAGGGUCGAUCCACCUCCGGGAAUCGGUCUACUGAUCGCGACCAACAGCCACGACGACGAGGACGGCGAACGGGGGACUUACGUGGUUCGCGCGCCUUGUCCCGACGUGGACGUUUGUCGGUAGUUUCGCUGAAGCCUCCGGGUGGCGAGAGAGAAAGAACGAGCGAGCGAGCGAGCGCGCGCGUGAGAGAGAGAGAGAGAGACAGAGAGAGAGGGACAGAGAGACAGAGAGAGAGAAGGAAAAAUGGAGCGCGCGGCCGGAUCGAUCGCGAUACGAACGGAUGGCUGACUCGAGAGUGAACCGCGAGCGAGUAACGUAGUCGUCUGACUCGGUUCCGAGCAGUGGGAUCCGUGCCGCGCUGUGCCGGCGCCAUUGAACGCCACCACGAGCUCGCCACGGGGAAAACGGCGACGUCGCGAACGUGCCGAGUGAUCAUCCCCCGGCAUCUCUCGCGAUUCUGCGUCGCGGACGGCGGAGAGAGAGAGAGAGAGAAAUAGUGAGAGAGUGAGAGAGGGACAGGGAGCCUGGUGUGUGGUGAAAGUGCUCAUCGCGUGAUUAGGUCGAGGUCGUGUCGCUCGUCGCUGGGACCGCUCUCUCUCCAUCCCGGUGACCUUCGGUGCCGGGGAUGAAGCGCGAAGUCAGGUGACGUUCCACGCGAUUCGGACUGACUUGCUCGCGAGCGACGACGCGUAUCCCGCCGAAGGAGCCGCGCGGUGAAAGUGUGUCAUCGUCGCGACGCGAUACAGAAGGUGACUCUCGAGCUUUGGAUCGUCACUCGAGCGUCCUCGACGUCGCGGUAGCUGUCUCCACAUUGGCGCUACGCGCUAAUCCUCUACCUGAGGAUUUUUCAAGAUACGAAGAGAGCUCCGAGAAACAGGAAGAAACUCCAAGUCCACGUUAAUCCUUUUGAAUUUUUCGUAUCCUUGCCUCCCCGACAGAGAUUGCGUACUCUAGACGCUCGAGUACGCGAUUGAGACCUUCGCAGCGGGCGACACACACGCACGUGAUUUAUUUUGUCAUCGGUUUCUGAAGAGUCAAACCUUCCUCUUCGCUGGCUGUGCCGUGUCUUCGACGUCACCGACGGAACGAACUCGAGGGGGAAAGAAAAAGAAAAAAAAAGGAAACAGUCGGUCAUCUUCGCAAAAAUCAGAAUCUCGAGGCAAUAGACGUGUCCUGUGACGGAUUGUGAGGGAAGAAAGUCCGCCGUUUGAGACAAGACGUCGAUACGUCAUCUGCCCCGUCAAACAUACUUCGCAUAGUGACUGUGAUCGAUAUCGAUUGAUUUUCCAUAGGAAUAUGAUGUUGGUACAGGGAGAUUGAAUUCUAGUCCGUGGUCGCGAACCAGCAUGUUAAGCAGUAAAAUCUAACUGAUGUUCUCUGGAGGAAAGUACGUUAUUAUCCUAGACUGUCCGGUUGAUUCUAAAUCGUAAUAUCAUAAACGUGCGAUCGUAGCGUUUGUUUAUGGAGAAACUUGCCGUUGUCAAUUGAUUGAUGUGCACGUUACGUACACGCGCAUUAAAGAGAAAAGGAUAGUCGCGAAUCCUCUCGUCGCGUUCUCGAGUGAGCUUUAGAGUGAGCUCGGGAGGCAAUUUACGAAUCUUGAUGCGUCCAAUUAACAGACUGAACUCGCAAGUGAAAACAUAUCCAGAAAUAUCGACUUUUUAUGAGAAUAACGAACGAAUCUCGUGCUAAUUGAAGUAAUUCUAUUCGAUAUAAGAUUUAAAAGGGUAUCAUUUUAUGGAUAAUCAUUAUCGAGGUUUUUCGUAAGCAUUUAUCGUUGUAACUUGUCUCGAAAGGGGGAAUCCUAGAAUUCAAUAACAAAGACAAAUCGCAAUUUGGGACGAACGCGUCGGAUCACCAUCAAAUUGAUUGAUUUUCAGCGAAACGGUAUUUGGGAGGAAACGCAACGACUUUCCCGCCCGAUGUGUAACGAGUUUGUUCGGUAAGAGGUCACGCGAGAACUCAAGGAGCCUCCAAUCGAGGACACUCGGGUAUUUACGCGGCAAAGGGGUAGGUAGAGAGUGGAGUACGCAGGGAGGGAGAGUACGCACGAGCGUACGCUCGCGAAAUCGCAUAUCACACACCCAACCCACGCACGAUUCGCGCGUGCGUGCUCACGUGCUCACGGAUGCAGCCGGGUGGUGCAACGUGGCCGACGUCACGCACCCACGCCUCGAGCGCCCACGCGAGAUGCGUAUGAGCGCGUGACAGGUCCUUCGCGCGCGUAACACGAGAACGGAGCGGGAUCCAGCGGGAGAUCCACAGAUCCAAGAGAAGUGAAUCAUGCGUCCCACGCUUUUGCCGGCGCCGCUGCUGCUGGCGGUGAUGCUCGCCUGCCAGGCGGCCUGGUCCUUCCUGCUGGAGGGCUCCGCCACGAGCUACGCGCAAUUUCGCAAAUGGAACGCCGGCCUGAACGGCACCCUCGAGUUCGAGUUCAAGACCGAGCAGGGCAACGGGCUGCUGCUCUACACGGACGACGGCGGCACCUAUGACUUCUUCGAGGUCAAACUGGUCGAGAGCGCUCUCAGACUGAGGUACAAUCUCGGCGGCGGGGCGCAGAUUGUCACGGUCGGCCACGACCUCGGCGACGGCCACUGGCACAAGGUGCAGAUCUCCAGGUGCAACGAGAACACCACCCUGACCGUCGACGGUGUCGGCGCGGUCUCGACGUCGCGCGGCAAGGAGUUCGAGUUCGGCAAGCUCGCCGGGAACUCGGACGUCUACGUGGGUGGUAUGCCUAGCUGGUACAACAGCAAGCUGACGCUGUUGGCGCUGCCCAGCGUGAUAUUCGAGCCAAGAUUCAAUGGAUUUAUUAGGAAUCUCGUGUAUGCCGACGGGGAGAAUACUGUGCCCAGGAGGCAGGAGAUGAAGAGUCGAAACGCCAAGUGCGGUGGCUUCCCCUGCGUCGAGAGCGCCAACAAACGCAAGUCGACGAGGAGUUUACGCAAUAUGACGAAUACGACGGAUGCCUGCGAGACUCGCGAUCCGUGUCAGCACGGUGGCAUUUGCAUUUCUACGGACAGCGGACCGAUUUGCGAGUGUCGCACCGGCGAUUAUGAAGGCGCAUAUUGCGAGAAAGACAAAGCCCCCUCGGAAGCAUCCUUCAGAGGGACUGAGUAUCUCACGAUAGAUUUGAGCAAAGGAGAACCGGUGCUCAGUACACAAGAAUCCAUAAGCCUCCAGUUCAAAACGAGACAGGCGAAUGGACUUCUAUUUUAUUCCGGAGAGGGCGAUGAUUAUCUCACCAUAUCGCUGAGAGACGUAUCGCUGAGAGACGGAGGUGCCGCGGUUGGCAUGACCCUAGCCAAAGGGAGAUUGGAUCUGCACAUAAAGCCGGCCAAGGUGCGGUUCGACGAUCAUCAAUGGCACAAAAUUAGCGUCCACCGUAAAGUUCAAGAGAUUUCUUCGAUAACCAGCUUUUGCAGGCUCUCCGCUAUUGUCGAUGGAGUUUACGCCGAGCAUGGUCAUACAGCGGGAUCGUUUACACAUUUGGCGAGCGAUCGACUACUCGUUGGUGGGGGUGCGAGGUCCUUGCAGGGCGCCAAAGGGAUCAACAACUUCGUCGGAUGUCUGAGAAAGGUGGAGUUUUCUGCGGAAAGAAUCAGAAUGGAGCUGAUCGAAGCAGCGAAAAGCGGAGCGGCAGGUGCUGCAGCUUGGGGAAAGAUGGAAUUUCACUGUCGCGAACCUAGAACCACAGAUCCAAUCACGUUCACCACCAGGGACUCACAUCUCAAGGCUGGAUCAACGAUAAACAGGCGACUCCACGGCGCUUUGGUCACCUUCACCAGCCCAGAGUCCCACCUGGUUCUGCCACCCUGGAAAAGCGCCAAGACUGGAACUAUAUCCUUCAAAAUUCGUACGAACGAGCCCAAUGGAUUGAUCAUGUACAGCCGCAGCGGAGCGCAGACGAGGCAAGAUCUGUUUGCCUUCGAGAUUCUUGGCGGACAUCUUUUUGUACACGUCGAUCUUGGGAGCGGCCCUGUUAAAGUAAGAGCAUCGAAGACACGCGUGGAUGAUGGCGCCUGGCACGAUGUUGUCCUAAGGCGAGCUGAGAGAGAAUGUCGAGUUACUGUCGACAGCAACACGGUCGAGUUUCGCACGCCAGGAGACUCCACGCAAUUAGAUUUGGAUGGUUUGUUGUACAUCGGUGGUGUGGGUGCGCCUUUUGCGCCCUUGACUGUUCCGCCCGUUUUGUGGACGGGCACCCUUCGACAGGGCUACGUGGGAUGCAUGAGGGAUCUCGUCAUCAAUGGACACCCAAUAGACAUCGCGGGAUAUGCUCAGCAACAGGAUUCGGGUGCAGUGAGACCCGCGUGUCACAUUCAAACCUCGCAUUGCCUUUCGAGCCCGUGUAUGCACCGUGGUACUUGUGUCGAAGGGUGGAAUCGAUUUCACUGCGAUUGCACUAACACAUCUUUCACAGGGCCCACUUGUGGCAAAGAUGCGUCGACACUGCAUCUGAACGGCACGCAACAAAUGACGGCGUUGAUGCCGGAUGAGUCGAGAACGCAGGCAGAGGAAAUUGUCGUACGAUUCAAAACGACGAGACCGCGCGGUCUACUAUUCGCGACUAGUUUCGGCGAGAACAACGCCGAUCGCUUGCAGAUAUAUUUGGACGGGGGCAAAGGGCAGAUGCUGAUUCACAUCGGAGAUCGAGAUAAGUUGUUGACAGCCGGGCAGGGUCUUAAUGAUGACUUAUGGCAUACACUAAGGUUCUCCAGACGACUCAAUUCUCUCAAGUUGCAGAUCGACAGUGACACGGCAAUACGAGCGGAAGCGCAGCUGGGAAAGCAGGGCGUUUUGGAAUUCCGCACCCUCCACGUAGGCGGAUAUCCUCAUGCGGGCGAAGACAUACCGCAUUUCGUGGGCCAGCUGCAGCAGAUCUGGUUCAACGGAUAUCCAUACUUGGAGAUUGCGCGCAGCGCGGGAAGCCAUCAAGCUUCGCAUCAGGGCGUCGCGCCCAUCAUCCGAGUCACCGGCAAGUUCGGCAAGAGAAACCAUCCGGUUCAUCAUCCGGUGACCUUCACCUCCAAGCACACUUUCGUAGGACUUCCGGUACUCAAGGCGUACCUGGAGACUAACAUCUAUUUCCAGUUCAAAACGCGUGAAGCGAACGGCUUGAUCCUUUAUAACGCUGGAAGAGAACAUGAUUUCAUCGCGGUAGAGCUAGUAAACGGGCACGUGCACUACGUGUUUGACCUAGGCGACGGAGCUGUCAGGGUCAGGGACACUUCGAAGACCAAGCUGAACGAUGGCAAGUGGCACGCUGUCAGUAUCGGUAGACCUGCUUCAAAGAGGCAUACUCUCUCCGUGGACGAUCACGUGACCGCUGUCAACAGUCAGGGCAGCAACGAGAAUCUUGACCUCGAUGGCAUUUUGUAUAUAGGCGGAGUGGAGAAGGCGCAAUAUGGCCUAUUACCAAAGCAGAUUCUCAGCCGUCACGGAUUUGAGGGGUGUUUGGCAUCGUUGGAUCUCAGCGGGGAAAGCACCGAUCUCAUUACUGAUGCCGUCGUGCCGAGUUCACUCGUCACAUCCGGAUGCGACAUAUACACCAACCUGCAUCCGGGCAAGAAGUGCACUCAUGAUCUCUGCGCCAAUCACGGGACAUGCGUGCAGCAGUGGAAUAGCUACACGUGCGACUGCGACAUGACGAGUUUUACGGGGCCGACUUGUAAUGAUGAGGCUAUCGCUUACGAAUUUGGAGCCGGAAGAGGAAUUAUCACGUAUACCUUUCCGCCCGAUCGUCGACCGGAAAUGAAAAGGGAUACUGUGGCUUUGGGUUUCGUCACCGGCGUUAGCGACGCCGUACUGCUUAGGAUAGAAUCUGCGUCGAGUAACGAUUACCUCGAAAUCGAAAUUGUGGAAGGUAACGUUUUCGCGGUUUAUAAUAUGGGCACCAACGAUCACCCAAUCGGCGAGGUUGGCGUGAAAGUUAACGACAACCAAUAUCACGUGGUUAGAUUUACCAGAACUGGGCCGAACAGCACAUUACAAGUCGAUGACUACAAUUUGCAAUCUAAUCACCCGUCGGGUCAUCAACUGACGGUUUUCAACAGCCAGUCCACUAUUCAGGUAGGCGGCCGUUGGAAUCGCAGUAAAGGCAGAGUGGAAAGACCAUUUCUAGGUAUGAUAGCCGGACUGGUCGUCAACGGUGCCAGGAUUUUAGAGCUGGCGGCGGCCAAAGAUGGCAAAGUUACAGUUAGAGGAGACGUGCAACUUCUGCCGGCUGGAAGUCUUCUGGAUCGCGCUCCACCGCUACAAAGAAUGCAACAGACACCGGCGUCCGGCUUUCCCGGCGUCAUGGACGACCUCAUAUUCUCCGGCGCCGGAAGUGGUUGCGCCGGCGAUGACGAGGACGAGGAGUGCACUCCGAUUUAUGAGUCAGGUUCCGGUAAGUAUGACAUCAUCACACCAGUGUACGUGGCACCCACACGAUUACCGACGACAUUGAGGCCGAAGCUACACAAGGAAAAUAUUCAGGAGCGUCCAUCCUGCGACGAUGAAGAAGACUGCGAAGAGGGCUCCGGCGAUCCCAGAACAACGGAGGAGAUUUUCGUCACCUCGGCCACUGAUAUCAGCUCGGUAACGUACACGACGCCCCGUGAGUAUUCGACGAGCCAUAUCAGCACCCAGACGACGUCGACGUCGUCGACAACGUUGAACCGCGACGUAGUCACCGUCUCCGUCCAAUACAAUGUGUCAACUACAGACCUCGAGACCAGCCAUAGCAGCAGCGUCGUGACGCAUCGAUCGACAACCGUGACGACGCAGACAACGACAACGGAGAUGACGGAGCCGCCACCGCCGCCUCCGCCGCCGGUGUACCCGCCGAUGCCUACUCCGCCCAAAAACAACAAUAAUAAGCGGAUCACGUCCGAGGCAGCGGAGAACGCCGCGCUCAUAAUCGGAAUCAUCGCCGCCGCGCUGAUAGCGAUAGUUCUGAUCAUACUGAUAAUUCUCAAGUUUAAAAAUCGGCCGGAGACGAGCUAUAAGGUGGACGAGACGAAGACGUUCUGCCAAGAUCCAAACGCGGCCCUGCUGGGCGCCGCGGGCUCCGGCCAGCCCUUCAACGGCGCCUUGAAGAAUGGCGCCAAUGGCAGCAAAACUAACAAGAAGCGAGAACUGAUAGACAUUAAAGAGUGGUACGUGUAAAAGGGGGGCAUUCCCCCAUACCGAGCAGGACAAUGCCUUGUGCUUGAGGUUUGUGUACAGGAGGUAUAGCCAAGAAACAUGGUUAGAACGCACCACCUUUCGUCACCUUUCGUCGUUGAAAAAGCUCCAGGAUUAAAAGAGGCAGAGAAGAUUAAGCGAAACGAUCCUUUUGAAUCUCGCGCUGCAAAGAAAUCAGGGAACAUUCACGAUGAAACAUCCUUACCUGCUAAAUAUUAAACUCUGCUGUAAUUUCCAAAAGGAUUCCGAGAUUCCAAGGAUCUGUCUCGACUGGCAAAAUGCAAAAAAGUGAUCGAGUAUUCUUCGAGAGAGUCUCGUUUGAGUUGCUCAUUGCAUGAUAGACGAUCUUUCAUGGGGUGGCCUCGUGAAAUAUCCGAUCGACGGUGAAUACGACGUAUGUAGUUGCGCGUGCGAAAAUGGUUUUUCGAUUAUAAGUGAGAAGAGGCAGAAAAUCCCCGCGAUAGCUUACAGGAAGACCGGUGUAAUAAAAAAAGGAUCACAGUUUAUUAAAAAUUCUCUGUUCCGUACGAGAAGGAUGGAAACGCACGAGAGACGAUCAAAUAUCCUUGAUUAAAGUACAUUUUGUAAGAACUUUAAGCUCGAGAUUGAUAGGUCGCAUAUUUAGAGGAAAGAACGUGUUUACUCUUCGAGGAAAAACAUAAUGAGUCCGCGGACUACUUUGGAAAAAUAUGAAAUCAUUCUUUAAUUCUGUUGAAGCAAAGUCGAUCACACUUAGAAAGGUCCGUCGAACUGCUCGCUC